AUGGACACCCUUUGGUGCUCUUGUCCUCAACCGCCAUGGCUCCAUACUUCCUUCGCAACCUCGUUCCGCGUCGUGAGCAGCGUCAAGGGGGACAGCCUCUACUCACCGUACUCAGACAUCUGACCUGGAUUCAGUGGGCUCACUGUUUUGCUGGGUGGUUGGCAUGGACUUGCGAUGCUAUCGAUUUUUUCAGUGUAUCUCUCGCCGUUACCCCACUGGCCACGCAAUUUGGAAAAUCAACAGCGACCAUAACGACAUCUAUCACGUUGACUUUGCUUUUUAGAUCAGCUGGGGCCGCUAUCUUUGGUAUCUUGUCGGAUCGUUUCGGUCGAAAGUGGCCCCUAGUCUUCAAUCUUAUACUAUGCUGCAUCCUCGAACUAGGCUCUGGGUUUGUCCAGACCUACAAACAGUUUCUCGCGGUGAGAUCACUCUAUGGUAUCGUCAUGGGCGGUGUGUGGGGUCUAGCAGCUUCAACUGCCCUCGAGAAUCUUCCGGUUGAGGCUCGUGGCCUUGCUAGUGGUGUCGUCCAACAGGGAUAUGCUGUCGGUUACCUACUCGCUGCUGUAAUUAACUUAACUCUUGUGGCCGACACGAAGCAAGGCUGGCGCACCCUUUUCUGGACAGCAGCAGGGUUAUCGUUAUUCGCUGCGGCUGUUAGAGCUGUCCUCCCAGAAAGUGAAGUAUUCUUGAGGGCCAAGGCGAUCGAGAAGGCACGAGGAACCAAUACGUCCAAGAAAACAAAGAUUUUUAUCAGGGAAACGAAGGAAAUGCUCAAGCGACACUGGCUUUUAUGUAUCUAUGCUGUUCUCUUGAUGACUGGGUUCAACUUUUUGUCACAUGGAUCUCAAGACCUAUACCCAACCUAUAUGGAGAAAGACAAAGGCUUCUCCACCCACGAUGCUACUAUCGCCACCAUCAUUGGUAACUGCGGUGCUAUCGCAGGAGGUUGUAUUGCUGGUUGGUUGAGCCAAUACAUUGGCCGUCGUUUGACUAUCGUGCUCUGCGUGAUCUUAGUGGCAGCUUUUAUCCCACUUUGGAUCCUUCCAUCUUCAUUCUCUGCUCUUUCUGCAGGAGCAUUUUGUAUCCAGUUCGGGGUGCAAGGAGCGUGGGGUGUGAUUCCUAUCCAGCUCGCAGAGAUGUCUCCUCCUGCAUUCCGUGCCUUCUUCCCAGGUGUUGCGUAUCAGCUAGGCAAUAUGGUAUCUUCUGCUUCGGCUCAAAUUGAAGCUACUGGAGGCAACAACAUUAAAACCAUCCUGUACGUGGACGGUCAACCAACCGUAGUACCAAAUUAUGCAAAAGUGCAAGGCAUAUUUAUUGGCGUCGUAUCUGCCUUUGUUAUAAUCAUCACAAUCAUAGGCCCAGAGAACCAUGGGUCCCAUUUCGAGAAGCACAAAACAGCCUUCGAGGAAGGAGGAGGAAGGGACGAAGAGGCGGAGGAAGUAGCAAAUUCACCCGUUGACUCUGUUCACGAUGAGAAACGGAGUAUACGUGAAACUGCUUGAAGAUAUGUACAAAGAUGCCAAAUUUAAUUACGACACAUUCACGCACUUGACCUACAUCAAAAUUUACGAUGCAACU